UGAUGAUGACCGAGGUAAAGCAUAUGAACUGGGACAGUCCUGUGUCAAGUGCAUGCGAGGCAUUCUCAUGUGCUGGAUGCGGCAGAGUGAAAAAGUAGAGAGGUUUAAGCAGGGUCAACAGCCAAAAUAUGCCCUUCAUGCUAAAUUUAACCUUCUAACAGGAGAGGAAGUCAUAUCCACUCGUGAUUAUGGUCAUCUGCAGAUUGAUAUUGUUUCCUGUACCUGAUUUUCCUGGUGCAGAUGAUUAAUUCAGGUCUACAGAUUAUAUACACCAUGGAUGAAGUCACUUUUGUCCAAAAUUUGGUGUACUAUGUUGAGAGAGCUUACCGUACACCUGAUUUUGGCAUGUGGGAAAGAGGAAGCAAAUACAACAAUGGAACACCUGAACUUCAUGCCAGUUCCAUUGGUAUGGCAAAAGCUGCAUUGGAGGCCAUCAAUGGAUGCAAUCUCUUUGGGGAGAAAGGUGCAUCUUGGUCCGUCAUCUUUGUUGACAUUGAUGCACAUAACCGCAACCGCAGCAUCUUUGAAACACUGUUACCAAAAGAAUCCAGUUCUAAGAGUGUUGAUUCUAGUCUUCUUUGCACUAUAUCAUUUCCUGCUUUUGCUACCCAUGAUCAGAUGUUAUAUACUACUACCAGAAGUCAGAUACUUAAUACUCUCCAAGGUGCUUAUGGCUUCAAAAGGUUCCAGCGUGAUGGGUACGGCACAGUUGUAGAAGAUAAGGAAAGGAGGUACUACCAUGCCUCAGAAACAAAGGAAUUUGAAAAUAUUGAGUGUGAGUGGCCUCUCUUCUACUUGUUCAUGAUCCUUGAAGGCAUGUUUAAAGACUGCCAAGAGCAAGUGGAGCAAUAUAAGGCAAAACUGAGUCCAUUGCUCAAGAAAGAUAGAUGGGGAGAUGCUGUAGUGCCAAAGUACUACUUCAUACAUAAGAACCAUGUAAAUGCAGAAAGACGUGAUCCAGGAUCUCAGCCUCGGCAACCCAGCUCAGAGGGCACUCCUAGGAACCUCUUCCUGUGGGGUCAGAGUGUUUGGAUAAUAGCCUCUUUGUUGAUGGAUAAACUCCUGCACAUCAAUGAACUAGACUUAAUCCGACGCUAUUUGCCUUCUUAUAACCGUCCUCGUAAAGGCGGGCGCUAUUCAGCAUUCCAGGUAAAGUUUGUGAUUGUUCGUUUUCCUUUUUUUUUUUUUUUUCUAUAUUUCAAAUGGUUGAAAAUGAAUAGCAGCUGGAAGGACACCGUGACUAGCAAGAGCAAUUAUCACCACUUAACUAGUCAUGUGAGUGGGCUUUUAUUUGCCAUAAAUCCAGCUUUCCAGUUUAAAGUUCUGUAUAAUGUGCUCAUAGUUAUGGUGGCUUUUCUUUUCUUUAUUUCUUUUUACUCUUCUGCUUCAAUUCUGUUGGUGUACCAAAUAUGGGCGGCGUGUCUCGGAUUGGUAUCUUCGGCGGUAUCUGGUAUCAGAUCAUAA